CCUAACCUUACAUUUUUAAAACUGUGCGACGCGAAAGUUAUGUAUAGUUUAUUCAAGUAAUAUUAAUAAUGUCUUAAUUAUCUGAAAAGUGUUUAAUAAACUGUGAUUUUAGAUAAAAUAUUUAUAAAUACAGGUUUAAAGAAAUAUUGCUUUGUCAUAACAAUUUUUAGCGCAUAUUUGACAUGCUUUAGGAUGUUCAGUUUACAUGUGUUGUAUAACCAAACUUUUUAUAUUUUAAGACAUUUCUAAAUAUUUCUACAAUUGUUAGUUAUAAUUAUUUAUAAAGUGUAAAAUAUGACGAUUGUAGAUUAUUUUCAAGCAUUAUCAGACAAUCCGUACUUUGGUGCUGGUUUUGGAUUAUUUGGCCUCGGUGCCGGUGCGGCAUUAUUGAGAAAAGGCGCACUUGUAGGUACUACACUUUUCAGACGUCAUUAUAUGAUAACACUUGAAGUACCAUGCCGUGACAAAAGUUAUCAAUGGUUACUACAGUGGAUCACUUACAAAGGUGCAAAAAAAACUCAACAUCUUUCAGUUGAAACUACAUUUGAACAAAAAGAAACCGGUGAUAUAAAAACCAAAUAUGCUUUUAUUCCAAGUGUUGGAACUCACUUUUUUAGAUACAAAAAUAAGUGGAUUAAAGUUGACAGAACGAGAGAACAACAAACUUUAGAUUUACAUAUGGGGGUACCAUUUGAAACGGUACAACUUACAUCUUUUGGAACAGAUAAAAAUCUCUACUUUAAUAUCCUUGAAGAAGCUAGAUGUAUGGCAUUAAAAGAACACGAGGGAAAAACAAUAAUGUACACUGCAAUGGGAAGCGAUUGGAGACAAUUUGGUCAUCCAAGAAAACGAAGGCCGUUACAAUCAGUUAUUCUCGAUACUGGUAUUGCUGAUAGAUUAUUAAAUGAUUGUCGAGAAUUUAUACGGCAUCCUGAAUGGUAUAGUGAUAGAGGAAUUCCUUAUCGACGAGGAUAUUUACUUCAUGGUCCACCUGGAUGUGGAAAAUCAUCAUUUAUUACUGCUCUAGCCGGUGAAUUAGAACGUGGAAUUUGUGUAUUAAAUUUAUCUGAACGUAGCUUAACUGAUGAUAGAUUAAAUCAUUUAUUAGCUAUUGCUCCACAGCAGAGUAUUAUUUUAUUGGAGGAUAUUGAUGCUGCUUUUGUCAGUAGACAAGAGUCACCACAAUCAAAAGCAGCUUUUGAUGGAUUGAAUCGAGUUACAUUCAGUGGUUUAUUAAAUUGUCUCGAUGGAGUGGCUUCCACAGAGGCACGAAUUUUAUUUAUGACCACAAAUUAUUUGGAGAGAUUAGAUCCUGCUCUUGUAAGACCGGGAAGAGUUGAUGUCAAAGAAUAUAUAGGUUGGUGUACAUUUGAACAAGUGGAACAAAUGUUUAUUAAAUUUUAUAAAACAUCAUCUACAGAAAUGGCUAAGGAAUUUGCAGAGAAAGUAAUGUUGCAAAAGAAAAAUGUCAGUCCAGCUCAAAUACAAGGAUUCUUCAUGUUUCAUAAGAAUGAUCCGAAUAAAAUAAUAGACAACGUUUCGCAAAUAUGGAAUCUUACGUAAAGGUGAUUUUUUAAAAUUUUUAUUUGAAAAAUAUUUUGAUUUUUUUUUUUAAAAAGACGAUGCUUCUUUCUAAAGUGCUUUAGAAAUAAUUUUCAGUCCCAAAGGGAUUAUAAACGAUUAAAAAAAGGGGUGGGGGGUGUAAAUUAAACAAAUGUUUAUAGCUAAUUUUUUAAUAUGAAAAUUGUGGAUAAGAUUUACAUUCAUAUAGAAUGGACUUAAUUUAUCUAUACAUUUUGCUUUUUCUCAUCACAUUUUUUUUUUCUUUGAAUACAUUUCUCAGCCUUAUCUUUAAAGAUAUUGGAAUUUAAGAACAUGCAUUACAUGUCUAUGUUUUUUUUUAAUACUACUAUUAGAAAAGAAAUAAAAAUUACGAAUCGAUUAAA